CAUGAAUGAUUUCUGUGUGUUGUCUUAUAACUCCCAAAGUGAAUUGAGAAAGCAGAGGUUUUUGGCCCUGAAUAUACCCCUUGGUACAUGAAAUCAUAUUCACUCAAUUUACUUUUUAAAAAGGCAAGUAUGAAAGACUCUCACUGACCAUAUCGGGGAAAACUAGAGUGUCAAAAUAAAUGAGAGUAACAGAUUGUAAGUCAUUACAUGAAAUAGGAUUCAAUGAGUCUGUGUUGAUAAAAAUAAAUAAGCGGAGGUGAGAGAGAGGAAGCUCUUCUUUUAUUGGUUGGGAAUGCUGACCAAUGAAUGUAGGAGGAAUGUAGGAACUAGAAUAAUCACCAUUUGGCAAACAUAGUGAUGGUUGAUUAAGGCAGGAAUUGUCAAUGGAUGCUAAGUUUGGUGGAUGCUAAGAAUGGAGGCUUGAGGAACAGGAUAUUGACAUAGUCUCAUAGUGUUUCUCUACAACGUACCUAUCAAUUACGAGGAGGAAAAUGGUGACUUUAUGUUUUUUUGGCAUCUUCCUGCCAGGAAUGCGUGGCCUGAGUCUGGUCAUGAGGAGACAUCAGAUGGAUUCAAAUUGAGGGUGACCUGAGUCAUCUGAGAGAAUAAAAGUCUCUGAUCUUCACUGGCAUACUGGGUUCCCUGGAAAAGUGGAAGACAUGAAGUAUGGAUGCAUAUAAUACCCGAGGAAGUCUCAAAGGUUCUGCCACUUGCUGGGAAAACAGCAACAGAAGGAUAUUAAGGAGCCACCCCUAUAAUUUACCCAGAUAGCCCCAGCAAGGUCAAAGACAUAUCGUGUCCCAAGGAGAAAAGCUGCAGGCAUCUGAGGAUAAAUCACUGUGAAACAGCUUUGACCAUAAAGCUGACUUGGAAGACUUUGACUCCAAGGUGCAAGGUGGUUUGGACACCCUCAAUAUUGCCUGCUUUUUUCUAGUCAAACCUGAUUCAUGAAAUGGAAUGAAGCUGAAAAAUCAUCUACUUCUUUGUUUGUGGAUUUGAGAGAAGAUUGGGAUGGUCUUAAGUGCAUAAAACGAGACUCUAACUGCAGCGAUGAGUUCAGAUGAGAAGGGCAUUUCCCCUGCUCAUAAAACAUCCACUCCAACCCAUAGAAGUGCCUCCUCUUCAACAUCCUCCCAAAGGGACAGUAGGCAGAGUAUUCACAUACUGGAGAGGACUGCUUCCUCUAGCACCGAGCCCUCUGUAAGUCGGCAAUUGCUAGAACCGGAGCCAGUCCCCCUCUCCAAGGAAGCUGACAGCUGGGAAAUUAUAGAAGGGCUGAAAAUAGGCCAAACCAAUGUCCAGAAACCAGACAAACAUGAGGGCUUUAUGCUGAAGAAAAGAAAAUGGCCUUUAAAAGGCUGGCACAAGCGUUUUUUUGUCCUGGAUAAUGGAAUGUUAAAGUAUUCAAAGGCACCACUCGAUAUUCAGAAAGGAAAGGUCCACGGGAGCAUAGAUGUGGGACUCUCAGUCAUGUCAAUUAAAAAGAAAGCUCGAAGAAUAGACCUUGACACCGAAGAGCACAUCUAUCAUUUGAAGGUGAAAUCCCAGGACUGGUUUGAUGCAUGGGUCUCCAAACUGCGACAUCAUCGGUUGUAUCGUCAGAAUGAAAUUGUGAGAUCACCAAGAGAUGCUAGUUUUCACAUAUUUCCUUCAACGUCCACAGCUGAAUCCUCACCAGCUGCUAAUGUUUCUGUAAUGGAUGGAAAGAUGCAACCAAACAGUUUUCCGUGGCAGUCCCCUUUACCAUGCAGCAAUAGCCUCCCUGCAACGUGCACAACUGGCCAGAGUAAAGUGGCAGCCUGGUUACAGGACUCGGAAGAGAUGGACAGGUGUGCAGAAGAUCUUGCACAUUGCCAGUCAAACCUUGUGGAACUUAGCAAACUCCUGCAAAAUUUGGAAAUACUUCAGAGAACUCAGUCAGCACCUAACUUUACUGACAUGCAGGCUAACUGUGUAGAUAUUUCAAAGAAAGACAAGCGGGUCACAAGACGAUGGAGAACAAAAAGUGUCAGCAAAGAUACAAAAAUACAACUGCAGGUUCCUUUCAGUGCUACCAUGUCACCAGUUCGCUUGCAUUCCUCCAACCCCAACCUUUGUGCAGAUAUUGAAUUUCAGACUCCCCCUAGCCACCUCACUGACCCUCUGGAAAGUUCAACAGAUUAUACAAAGCUGCAAGAAGAAUUUUGUCUAAUCGCACAGAAAGUGCAUUCUCUUUUGAAGUCUGCGUUUAAUAGCAUAGCUAUAGAGAAGGAGAAGCUGAAGCAGAUGGUUUCCGAGCAGGAUCACAGUAAAGGCCACAGCACGCAGAUGGCACGGCUCCGACAGUCACUGUCUCAGGCACUCAACCAGAAUGCUGAACUAAGGAGUCGGUUGAACAGAAUACAUUCAGAGUCUAUUAUUUGUGACCAGGUUGUCAGUGUAAAUAUUAUUCCUAGCCCUGAUGAGGCUGGUGAGCAAAUCCAUGUCAGUCUCCCCUUAUCACAGCAAGUAGCCAAUGAGAGCCGCCUCUCCAUGUCGGAGUCUGUUUCUGAGUUCUUUGAUGCCCAAGAGGUGCUCCUCUCUGCCAGUUCAUCAGAGAAUGAGGCUUCAGAUGAUGAGUCUUACAUCAGUGAUGUGAGUGAUAAUAUAUCUGAAGACAACACCAGUGUUGCAGACAAUAUUUCUCGGCAAAUCCUGAAUGGGGAGCUUACAGGAGGGGCCUUCCGAAAUGGGCGUCGAACAUGCCUGCCAGCUCCUUGUCCUGACACCAGUAACAUUAACCUGUGGAAUAUCUUGAGGAACAACAUUGGUAAAGACCUGUCUAAAGUCUCUAUGCCUGUGGAGCUAAACGAGCCGCUGAACACCCUGCAGCACCUCUGUGAGGAAAUGGAAUACAGCGAGCUCCUGGACAAGGCUUCGGAAACUGAUGAUCCAUAUGAGCGCAUGGUUCUCGUUGCCGCAUUUGCAGUUUCAGGAUACUGCUCCACCUAUUUCAGAGCAGGAAGUAAGCCAUUCAACCCAGUCCUUGGGGAGACUUAUGAAUGCAUUAGAGAAGACAAGGGAUUCCGCUUUUUCUCAGAACAGGUUAGCCAUCAUCCACCCAUUUCUGCCUGUCACUGUGAAUCAAAGAAUUUUGUGUUUUGGCAAGAUAUCAGAUGGAAAAACAAGUUCUGGGGGAAGUCGAUGGAAAUCCUGCCUGUUGGAACACUGAAUGUCAUGCUUCCAAAGUACGGAGAUUACUAUGUGUGGAAUAAAGUCACCACUUGCAUACACAACAUCCUCAGUGGGAGAAGAUGGAUAGAACAUUAUGGAGAAGUAACCAUCAGAAAUACCAAAAGCAGUGUUUGCAUUUGCAAACUCACAUUUGUCAAGGUGAAUUAUUGGAAUUCUAACAUGAAUGAAGUCCAGGGGGUGGUGAUAGAUCAGGAGGGGAAGGCGGUGCACCGGCUGUUUGGAAAGUGGCAUGAAGGACUCUACUGUGGUGUGGCCCCCUCUGCAAAGUGCAUUUGGAGACCAGGUUCCAUGCCAACAAACUAUGAGCUGUACUAUGGCUUCACAAGGUUUGCUAUUGAGCUCAAUGAGUUAGAUCCAGUACUAAAAGAUCUCCUUCCACCAACAGACGCCCGGUUCCGGCCAGAUCAAAGAUUUUUGGAAGAAGGAAAUUUAGAAGCUGCAGCAUCAGAGAAGCAAAGAGUAGAGGAACUCCAGAGAUCUCGGAGACGAUAUAUGGAAGAAAACAAUCUUGAACAUAUACCAAAAUUUUUUAAAAAAGUUAUUGAUGCCAAUCAAAGAGAAGCCUGGGUUUCUAACGACACCUACUGGGAGCUUCGAAAGGACCCUGGGUUUAGCAAAGUAGACAGCCCUGUUCUUUGGUAGACUGGGAAUGUAGAGCUAGCCAACAUAUCACAUUCUGAAUGAAUAAAUAACUAUGCACAAUUAUGUUUCUUAUAGCUAUGUGUGGUUUCUGGGUCGACUGAAAACCUACCAUUUGCUUUUCUAUUCAUCUUUAUAAUGGACUUUCAGAAGUGCAUUAGACAAGGCCCCUAACCACUUUGGGAUCCUUUCUGUUUUGCUGCAACCAUAUUCCUUAAAAAAAAAAAAAAUCCACACCGUCCUUGGAAAGCAGAAUAAAAGGAGCAGAAUAUAAAAUCCAAAGUCUGACCAGUUUGUAAAGAAAAACAAAUGGUAACUGGUGCUUAAAGCUGAUCAAGAAAGUUAACAACAACAUAGAAACCACACGAUUGUUCCACUGUCUGGAAGCACCAUCCCCUAUCGCAGGACUCCUGGGCCACAAGCAGUCGGUCAGUGCAGACUUCAAGUGUGUCUGUUUGAUGUGGUGUGAUUGUGCUGGCCUUGUCGAAAAAGAUGUGAUGCUUCUCAGAACCUGUUCCAUCUGUAUGCCAUUGUUCAUGCCUUAAGAAAUGCAAAGAUGUACAAUAAAUCAUUUUUAAAAUGUGUGCUCAUAGGUUUAUGUGAAGAACAGAUUUUUUGAAUCAUGGCAUGAUUCACUUUCUCAAUCAGAACGAUUAUGAGACUAACUUAAAUGGGUUUUUUAAAAGUGAACAACACGUGCUUUACUUUGAUAAGUCAGUUACCAUAUGGUAUAUCUGAAGGGAAAGAAGGAAAAGGUGUGCUAAGUAGAUCUCUGUAUUUACGUGGCUCGUUAAUUUCCUGUCCUGCGUCCAGAUAAUAAACCAUCCCUCUUCCACCUAACCUCACAGUGUGCCCUAUUAUUUGGAAAAAUCUGUCUUUGAUUUGGACAUUUGGUCAUCAGUGUUAAAACCUUAAAAGGAAAUAACAAAAAGCAUAUGGAAUUCCUGUGUGGGCUUAGUAGUACUAUAAAUGUAAUUGUUUUCGAGUGACGCACCAUGUAAUCCAUGUCUCAAUCCCAUGCCCGCUCCACUGACACUAGUCGAAUUCCACUGAGAACAGAAGCAAGAAUACUAGUAGUUUAUUUGCAUUGUUUAAAUGAAUUCUAUGCAAAAUCAUAUUUCAAAUUUUCAUCAAGUGAUUCCAUAUGGUACAUGACUACAUGUUAAGCAUUUACCUUGCUAUUGGCAGAGAUAUGAAACUUAAGCUAAGGAAUGUAUCCAUCCCAAAGCAGGAAAGCAGAAGUGUGUUUUGCAUACUUCAGGAUUUGUUUUUCCUCCACUAAUAUACAGAGGCUUUUGCAGAAAACUUGCAUCAGUAUUCCUAAGUUUCUGCACAUAGGUGACUAUAUAAAUGCCUGUAUGUUUUUUAAAAAAUCUCCUCAGAGAUUUUCCUAGGGAAUUAUAAAAUUACAUAUAUUUUAUUGUUAGUUAGAUGUUUAUUCUUGGAUUCUUACCAUUAGAAUUUAAGUGUUAUUUAAAACUCUGAUACAGUUACAGACACUUUGCAUUUUAUUAUGAGGUGUUGAUUUUAGUGGUAUUUCUCCUCAGCAAAGCAUUCCUAAUAAUGGCUAAUACACCAUCAAAUGAAAUACUGCUGCUGAGAGUGUAAGAGAAAGCGCUAACGUUUCCACUAGAUGGCGCAAUAUUUUAUUUAUCCAAAACUCCUCCCUCGCAUCUGAGUUUUUAUGUUGUGUGUACAGUUUGCAUUAGCUUAGAAUGGAAUUUCAUUCUCAGGUAAAUUUUCGAAUCCAUCACCAGAUCUAAGCAUUCUGCUUCAACAAUACCCUCUCUAUUCCUCUCAUUCCCAUUUUAAAUCCAUAGGUGGCUUGCCCUGCGGCAGUAAAAUCUUCCCCUUGAUAUUGAUUCUUUUUCUGCUCAUUCAUCUUGAUGUUCUUUUUCUGCAUCCUGAGAUACAUGUCGUUAAUUUUAAUAAGAAUCCUAUUUAAUUCCUCAUGGGAGUCUGUUCUCCUAUGGUUGAUAAAGCUUUAAAUACUAUUUAAAGUGGUUCUGGUCUGUACUUACUAGCACUUCCCUGAACAGUCUCAAAAUAGCCUAAACAUAAGAAAACAAUCCUGCAAAGUAAAGGUUUUUACAAGCAGAGAUGAAGGAAAGGGAGCAGCAGCUGACCAUCAGAUGUGGUAUCAGGUAGCUGGAAGAGGACCCAGGACCCAUCAGGGAAGCAACGACUGUACUUAGCAAUUUGGGUUAUAAUUACAAAAAAAGAAAAAAUAGUAGAAAGGAUCUUUACCAGACAGUAAGGUCAUGGUACAAAUCAGGUGAGUGAAUGUUGGUCAGAGGUAGCCUGACACUCUGAUGAGGACUUCAAGAUGAGAAUGAGAAAAAUGUCAAUUAAAAUCACUACAUUUGAUAAUAUCUCAGAUUUAGAAUCUCUUUUGGGAUUCAGAUAGUCUGAUUAUUCCAAUUCAAGUGUUCAGUUAAGUUUUAGUUACUAUUCCUAUAAUACCCAAUUCACUAAUAUCAUAUCUCCUGUGGAAUAUUCAUUGGUGCGAUGGCCUCAUCCCCUUUUUUACUUUUUAUUGACAUGGUGGUUAUAAAAUGAAGAGACUUACUCUAUUGGAAUUUUCAUCUACGUAGUAUUUGGGCUGUCAAGACUAAAUAGCAAAAGGGUAGAAUAUUAGAUCAUUCUCUUAAUAAGACCUGAUUUAUUCCUUAGGAUGUUAUACAAACCUUUUUAUUUCAGGCCUACUUUCUUGUUUUUUCCUAAAAGGAUCUAGGAUAGAGGAGAACAUAAUAUGCCUGUAUACUUCUCCCAUGGUUUAUUCAUAAGCUGCUUCAUCUCAUUGGAGAUGGUCAUUGAGGAGAGCAGUAAUAAGUGACGAUGAUUCUGAGGACUUGGCUAGACUGAGCAGAUCAAUGGCACACACCAGCACUGGUAGAGGCCGACCAGAAGCUCAUCGAUUCCAUGUGCUGUCACCCAGGGUGCAGAUUUACUCUCUUUUGCUGUUAUUUUAUUGUUUUUCCUAAAUUAAGUCAUUGUUUUUCAUGGAUUAUUUUUAAAAUACCUACCCCAUAAUUUUCAGGCAAUUGUAAAAAUAAACCUUAUUUAAGAUAACUUUUAAUGGUACAUAUCAACUAUAUGUGGGGAAAAAAUGCAAUUUUCUGGGCAAGAGAAACCAAGGGAUUUUCAAUAUAUGAGAUGCCAGGUUGUCAAUUUUCUAAACCUUUUCCUCUAGAUUAUUCUGGCCCUAGGCCUUUAAGCAACCCCACUAAUCAAUUAUUAGAUCCUGCCCCAAGGAGCAGUGGCUUGGGGGCUGGAUUUAGGGAGGAAAACCUGAUUAAACUGUUUUGCUUAGUACUGGUUACAGCUGUAGCUGGAGAAGAGUUUAUAAUCAUAAAGUAGAUUUUUGUUAUUACCUUGUGAAUUUUAAUUAUUCAUCUUGUCUGAUCUUGUUCUCUGUCAUCCUAGAUAAUGAGGUGUUUGUGGGAGCAGAGCUCUGCACACACCAGGGGAUGUAAUAAAUGUUUGCACUUGGCCCAGUAUAUUAUGAAUGUGGCACAGUAAAUAAAGUUUGUGUACAAAAUACUAGUUUAUUUCUAUGGGAGCCAUUAUGUUCAGGAUAUAUAAAAUGUAUCUAAUUAAACAAUUUUGAAUCUA